GAAGGAAAUAAGAAAGAAAGGGGGUUAACAAAAUAAUAAAAACAGCCUGAGCCACGGCCGGAGAGACCAGGACCAGGCGCAAGAGAGAGCAACCUUUAGGGAGAAAGGAUCCGGAGACGCGAGACUCUGCAGAGCUCACUCUGCACUGACUUUUACUACUUCUUCUUUUUUUUUUCUUUUUUGUUUUUCUUUCUUUCUUCUUCUUCUUCUUUUUAAUAGCAAGAAGGAGCUAGCGACAGCCUCACACGCGAGCGCCACGCGAGGCUCCCAAAGCCAACCCGCGAAAGGAGGAGGGGAGGAGGAGGAGGAGGAGGAGGAAAAGAGGGAGGAGAAAAAGCAUUUGCACCUUCUUUGCUCUCUAAGAAGUCUCCCGGAGAUUUUGCAUUUUUUUUUAAACUUCCCUCUGAGCUCCCACUUUUUCUCACCCCUUCUUCCCUCUCUGUUCGUGCACCCAAGUUCUCUCUCUACCCCUCGCGUGCCCCGCACCUUGCGUCCGGGCUCACUCUGAUCCCGCGACUCCUUGGCCGCCGCUGCGCAUGGAGAGCUCUGCCAAGAUGGAGAGCGGCGGCGCCGGCCAGCAGCCCCAGUCGCAGCCCCAGCAGCCCUUCCUGCCGCCGGCAGCCUGCUUCUUUGCCACGGCUGCAGCCGCGGCGGCCGCAGCAGCCGCAGCGGCAGCUCAGAGCGCGCAGCAGCAGCAGCAGCAGCAGCAGCAGCAGCAGGCGCCGCAGCUGAGCCCGGCGGCCGACGGCCAGCCCUCAGGGGGCGGUCACAAGUCAGCGCCCAAGCAAGUCAAGCGACAGCGCUCGUCCUCUCCGGAACUGAUGCGCUGCAAACGCCGGCUCAACUUCAGCGGCUUUGGCUACAGCCUGCCGCAGCAGCAGCCGGCGGCCGUGGCGCGCCGGAACGAGCGCGAGCGCAACCGUGUCAAGUUGGUCAACCUAGGCUUUGCCACCCUCCGGGAGCACGUCCCCAACGGCGCCGCCAACAAGAAGAUGAGCAAGGUGGAGACGCUGCGCUCGGCGGUCGAGUACAUCCGAGCGCUGCAGCAGCUGCUGGAUGAGCACGACGCGGUGAGCGCCGCCUUCCAGGCUGGCGUCCUGUCGCCUACCAUCUCUCCCAACUACUCCAACGACAUGAACUCUAUGGCCGGUUCUCCGGUCUCCUCCUACUCGUCCGACGAAGGCUCUUAUGAUCCUCUCAGCCCGGAGGAGCAAGAGCUGCUAGACUUCACCAAUUGGUUCUGAGGGGCUCGGCCUGGUCUGGCCCUGGUGUGAAUGGACUUUGGAAGCAGCGUGACCGCACCACCUGCAUCUUUAGUGCUUUCUUAUCAGCGAUGUUGGGAGGGAGAAAAAAGAAGAAGGAAAGAAGAAGGACAUACACACACACACACACACACACACACACACACACACACACACCAAGAACAGGCCACCAGCCCCAACGCCCUCUGAUGCAUGCCUGAGAGACAAGGAUCUCAGGAAACAAGGAUGUGCCCAGAACAGCAUCUUUGCACUCCAAUCACUCACGGAGAUAUGAAGAGCAACUAGUACCGGAGUGUCUGUGCAAGACGCAGCUGGUGUGCAAAAACAGCGGUCUCCCUGCGGAAGGGAGCAGCGCAUGCCCUGUAGUAACUCCCACCCACCGCUAAGAAGAGUUGAAAGCACUUGCUCCGGUGCUUUCACCUCCCCGCCCUCUCUCAAAGCGCAGUUCUUAGCCCUUUAGAAUUGGGUUGGUGUCUCUGGUCUCAGUAACCCUCAUCCCAAUAAGCUGUGGAUAUCUGUCUGCAGUGAAACUAUGCUAUACUCAGUACUUUGAAAUCCUACCCAGUCCCCGGGGUCCCUCCCCAAACCCUACUUUCUCCCUGGUACCAUCUUUUCUACUGUUUUCAUCAUAGAAGGCUUCCAAUCUUUUGUGAAUUUUUUUUAUUAUAAGAAAAAUCUAUUUGUAUCUAUCCUAACCAGUUUGGGGAUAUAUUAAGAUAUUUUUGUACAUAAGAGAGAAAGAAAGAGAAAAAAUUUAUAGAAGUUUUGUACAAAUGGUUUAAAAUGUGUAUAUCUUGAUACUUUAACAUGUAAUGCUAUUACCUCUGCAUAUUUUAGAUGUGUAGUUCACGUUGCGACUGCCAUUUUCCCUAUGUGGUUUUGUAAAGAACUCUCCUCAUAGGUGAGAUCAAAAUGCCACCAGAUGUACUUCAGCACCAAUGUGUCUUACUUUAUAGAAACGUUUUUAAUGUAUUAAUGAUGUUAUUAAAUACUGUUCAAGAAGAACAAAGUUUAUGCAGCUACUGUCCAAACGCAAAGUGGCAACCAGCUGGUUUUGAUGGGUUGCCUUUUGGAAAUUUCUACCACUGCCUUUUUUUUUUUUUUUUCUUACUGUUUUAUUACAAACUUACAAAAAUAUGUAUAACCCUG